GUAGCGAGCAAGACGCGAACGCACAGCUUACAUAGAAAAAAAAAACAGAGUAUAUAUAACUUUUUUCCGCCUGUAAAUAACGAAACAGUAUCUACCUCAAAUUUUGAUUUAAGAACUUUUCCAUAGACAGAACAUUUUCUCUAAAAACGUUUGCACGAAAUACUUAUCUAUGUUAUAAAAAAAAAAGUUCACUCUCUAGUUACGGGUUUUAGAAUUAAGUACCGAAAGUUAUAUCGCUUUUAAAUAAGAACAAUGUGUGGUGUGGUCCUAUUCAAAGUCUUCAUAAUGCUAAGUGCAUUUACAUUAAUUACUGAGGCUCAAUACUCCAGAAAGGAUAAUAUGGAUGCGCCAGUGCCGAAACUAAUAACUGCAAAUGGAUACCCAGUGGAGAAGCAUAGAGUUACAACAGAGGAUGGCUACCACAUACAGAUGCACAGGAUACCGGCUGGAAGAAGGACGGCCAGAAGGACUGUCGGGUCCGGGGGGAAGGGCAAGCGGGCUGUCCUAAUGGUUCACGGACUUGUUGGAAGCAGCGGGGACUUUGUCAUCAUGGGACCGAAGAAUAGCUUGUCAUACAUCUUAGCGGACGCCGGGUACGACGUGUGGCUUGGAAACUUAAGGGGCAACAUAUACACUAGUCAUCAGAAUCUCACAAGGAAUGAUCCUGCAUUUUGGGAUUACAGUUUUCACGAGCACGGGAAGUACGACGCGCCCGCUAUGAUUGACAAGGUCUUGAAGGUGACGGGACUAUCGAAGAUCUUAUACAUAGGCUACUCCAUGGGCACCACGACAUUUUUCACCAUGAUGUCGCAGAAACCAGAGUACAAUGAUAAGUUGAUCGCGUUCGUGGCAUUGGCACCCGCCGUGUAUGUAGAUAACAUGAAAGAAAUCGCAACGUUCUUCUUGAAAUCCAUGGAUAUAAUUACAACGCUGCGUCAAAGAGGCAUGCUGGCUCUAGGAUUUAAACAAGACGUGAUGGAUUUCGUCGCUGAAAGUUUCUGCACUGCCAGGAACCCAGAAUCAGAUGUCUGUAUGAGAAUAAUGUACUCCAUAGUAGGGGAAGACUACGAGCAACAUGAUUGGGAUAUGACACCAAUAUUUAUAGCAAGAGCACAGCCGGCGUCUUGGAAACAACUGGAACAUUUCGGGAAAAUUGCCAUGACAAGCGUAUUCACUGAGUGGGCAGAUGGUUUAUGGGGCGCUUUGAAACCGUACCGACUUGACAACGUUAAGAUACCAGUGUCCUUAUUCUACGGACUGAACGACAGGCUAACGGAAAAAUCGGGUAUACUCCGAUUGGCGGCAGAACUAAACGAAACUGGCGUACUUCACUCUAUAAAGGGGUGCAACUGGCCAAAGUUCAACCACCUAGAUUUCGUUUUCGCAAAAAACGUCGGCAAAUUGGUGAACAGACCGCUGGUCGGUCAUAUAGACGAACUACACAAUAAAUAUUAUGUACAAUGACUUUUUAUUUGUUAUUAAAAAAAAGAAUCCCAGUACAGUGCGAC